ACCGUUUGAGCGGGUGGAAAGCAGCAGUCAGUGGAGUGAGGUGUACUGAAUGAGCGUAAAGAUGAGAUUUUAGGAAUUAAUUUAGCUAGCUAGUUUUUUUUUACAACAUUAGGUCGGCAAAAUUCAGGAUUACAGUACCUUGUCUGUGAAGAUCGUAUUUUUAAAGGGAAUAAGGGUCGUAGCCAUGAGUUCCCUACUGGAGUCGACGAAUAACCUCAUGCAGGUUUUCAGCGGAAAACUUGAGGAUUUCCUCAAAGAGAUUGAUAAUGUCCACAUGGUGUGGCUGGAGGAGAUUGAGCAGGAGGCGCAGAGAAUGUUUUCCAGUGAUUUCAACACAGAACCAGAGUUGAUGCCCAAGACUCCGUCCCAAAAGAAGACCAGUCGUAGGAGACGAGUGUCUGUGGGGAAUGAGAAUAAAGCCAAAAGACGCCUCUCCAAGGGCAAGCGCAGCAACCUACGGCGCUCUUCAGUGCAGCUGACCCUUAACGUAAUCCCAGAGAGUCCCACCGCCACUGCUGACCCGGAGGUUGUCCCUGAGGAUUCUGUUGAGGAGCCCCAGCGCAGAACCCGCCGGAACAACACCAAAUCUGCUGCGGCGCAAGGGCCAGUGAAGCGCAGCACACGCAACAAGCUCAACUCUGCAUCUCAAGAGGAAGUGGAGGAUGACAUCUUCGAGGAUGAGAAACCCAUCCAGGAAGAGGGGGAGGCACCGGUUACAGCCAUGGAAACAGAGCCUGUCAACUCUGUCCAGCCUCCCCACGUCUCCUCCCCAACCCUGCUAGCCGUCAACGAGUCAGAGGAAGUGGAGGAGGCUCAGGUUGGGCGUGCAUCAGUGUCCAAAAUGACCACCGCAGAGGUGCAGGAGACUCCUCAAGGUCCGUCCCGCACCUCUGUGCGACGUUCAAUGUCCUCACGGCACUCCCUGGCCGGCCUGAGGAGAAGCAUGACACAGGAAGCGGUGAGGAGGGCCUCCAGGCGCUCCUUCCUGAAGAAGAAGGCCAGACUUAGUAGAUCAGCCGGUGGCAGCUCUGUCGGUGAGGACAUCUGCUUUGACACGGAUGGAGAGGAGGUUGAGGAGAUGGAAAGGGAGGAGAAGGUUGGAGAUGUUGAAGAACCAGCUGUCAUUGUGACUGAGGCCUCUCCUGUGCCAGAGAUCAAGCUGCAGGAACCGGAUGCAAAGGAUCCAGAGGAAAAGGAGGAAGAGCAGAUGCUGGGAAAGAGCGGUGAGGCUGUCACCCGCUACACGCGCUCCAUGGCCAAAAACACCCCCACCAACAUGGCCUCUGGCUCCGCCUCCCGCAUUGAGAAAACCCACACCCCUCUAGCAGCACCAGAUGACUCUGGUAAGAAGCCUGCAGGAACCCAGUCGCUGUCUCGAUUUGGCUUUAAACGCAGAGUAGAUUCUACAUCUGAGGAUGUGCCUAAGAAGAAGGUGUCUCCUAAAAUUAGCCAGUCGGCGGUGAGACCCAACAUGAAGUCGUUCAUCCACACUGUCCAAAAGAACCAGCUGUUGAUGAUGACUCCCGGCUCCAUGGGCCGCACCUCAGUCAUGUCCUUCAUCAAGCACAGUACUCCUGGCAGGGUUGACCCCAAGUUGUCUGUUGGUUUAGUGGAGAGGGAACGUAUGAAGCUGGAGGCUUUCAACAAGAAAUCUGAACAAGAAAACGAAAGAAAGAAAAAGAUGGAAGACGAGAGGAGGAAGAAACACGAAGAGCUGAAAAAGCAGAGGGAGGAGAGGUUGAGGCGUGUGUUGGAGGCCCGUGAGCGAGGCGAGAAGGAGGAGUUUGAGAAGAGGAAGAAGCUGGAGCAGAAGAUGGCCCAGUUUGUGGAGAAGGAUAAGGCCAAAAAGAUUGUGGCCUCCAAGCGUCAACAGGAGCUGGAGGUCCGCAGGAAUAAAGAGGAAGAGGCCAGGAAGAAGAAGCUUCAGCAGGAUGAGGAGGAGAAGCGGCAGCUUGAACUGCGUGCCAAGAGGAAGGCCGAGGAGGAGGAUCGGGCACGCAAGCUGGCCGACGCCCGCAGGCAACUGGAGCUGAAGAGGGACCAGGAGCGAGAGCUCGAGAGACAGGCUGCUGAAAGGGAGAGGCAGGAGAGGGAGAAGGCCAUCGCUCUGCAGGUAGAGCUGGAGAGGGCCGCUCGGGAUAAGGAGAGGAAGGAGCUAGACGAGAAGAGGAGGCUCCUGGAUGAGAAGAGGAAGAGGGAGGAUGAACAGAGGAGGGCUGAGGACGAGAGGAGACGUGCUGCUGCAGCUGCUGUUGCUGCCGCCCAUGAAGCACAGAAUGCGCAGUUGAAGGCCGCAGCCAGCAAAGGGCCAACUCUGCUCAACACAACCAUCAACAAAGGGUCUGCUCUGAACGUCACAGUUGAUCUUGAGGGCAUGAGGACUCCAGUGGGCAAAGGAGCAGCUCUCUACCACAUGUCUGUGCAGAAAGGGGCCGCACUGAAUAUCACUGUUGAUGUUGAGAAAACAGUGAACACGACUCCAGUGGGGAAAUCAUCAGAACCCGAUGCCUCUAUAGAGCUAUGUCCUAACGUCACAAUAGACCUUGAGAGGUCUCCACAGUCCUAUGAAAUCACUCCGAAAGGUAAGAAGAUCACUACUCUGGUCAACCCUGAAGACUACGGGAUGGACCAGAACAGCGAUGACUCCACUGACGACGAGUCGGCACCAAAGAAACCCAUUCCGUCCUGGGCAGAGGGUCUUCAGCUUCAGCAGUCCAUCAUGAAGCAGUACUACGACCCUACGGAUCUUCACGCGUACUUUGGGGUCGUGGAGAUGCCCAAACUGGAGCGGAUAUUCAACAAAAGCAAACCUCGCUUUUUCAAAAGAACCAGCUCUGCUGUAUGGCACUCACCUCCUCGAAUGGGCAGUUUGGCCCACUGAAGAGACUAUUCUGGGAUAUAAGUUUUAUUUUCAAUUUUUUUUUUUUUUUUUUUCCAACUGUAUUUGUACUUAGUCAGGUUUUGGUAAGAUCUUUUCAAAUAAAGUUUGUCCUAGUAGAAGAAAAUUAUGUGUAUGGGCGUAUGCGUGGAAUAGUGUGGAUGUGAUUGGUGAAUUGUUUUACUUGUUUUUUCCCUCUCUGAUGCAUCAUUCUGUUUUUCCUCUGAUGCGUCAUUCUAUUUUUCUGUCUGUUUUUAAUUCUGCAUUUUAGAGUUUUUUUACACAGUUACUGUGUUGUAUUUUUUCUUCACCUUGCUGUAAAUGUGUUGUGUGAUCGCUGCUUAUAAAUCUGAUCCAAAAGUGGCCUCCGCGUUCUGAUUUAGAUGCUGUGAUGAAUAAAUCUCAACAUGACACAUU